GUGAAGUCACACGGAUAUCCUAGGCGCACGCAGCAAGCGGCGUAGUUUUCGCAACAUUUCUACUCCCGCCCAACUUUGAUAGUCUCUCACGGCGCCCGAGGCAUUAUCAAGUAUAACUGGCUAAUCGUAGAGCUCGUCAGCUCUUUAGACCUGCGCGCGCGGAGCCCUUGCCGGUGCAAGCAAGCCCGAGAAUGGGGUUGCCCGCACUCCCGCUCGCGGCGAACCUGGUCAUGCUAGCGCUCGUAGCCACGCUGCUGGUGUUCACACCCAUGUUUCGUGGCAGUAGUCCGCACGAGCUGCGCAAUAGUAUGGCGGGUGUGGCCGCGCACGCGGGCCAUGACCAUGCCGCGCACAGCCACGGCGCUAGCAACACGCCCGCUCCAUCCGCGCACGGCAGCAGCAGCGCUCCCGCACCGGCUCCCGCCCACUCCCACGGCUCUGGCAUGCCUAUGGUCAUGGUGUUCGAGUACGGCUAUCGCGUGACCUUCUGGUUUGCUGGGCUCUCCACCGACACGAUAGCAUCCUACCUCGCUGUGCUCGCCGGGCUGGCCAUUCUAGCGGCGGUACACGAGGGACUGGCGGUGUACCGCCGCGCACGACUGGGCCUGACUAAUGCGGGCCUAGGCGAGGAUGCGGAGGCGCUGCGGCACGGGCACGGACAGAAGCCGGCGCCCUCCGCCGCCCUCUCCGCCGCCGCCGCCGCCGCCUCGGCCGAACGGCUGCUGCAGGCUGGGCUGCACGUGCUGGGCCUGGGCCUGGCCUACUGUCUCAUGCUGGCAGUCAUGUCCAUGAACGCCGGCGUGUUUGCGGCGGUGCUGCUGGGCUUUGGAGCGGGGCACUGGGCCUUCGCCACGGACCGGGGCGGGCUGGGCGCGGCGCCGCCGCUGGUGCGCGGCGAGGCGUGCCACGGCAGCUAGGGGGAUGGAGAAAUGAGGGGGAUGGGGAAGGGGAGGGGGAGGUUGGAGGUAACAGCCCAAGCUAAACCAUAACAAGCUGCACUAGCGGAGAACAGGCAGAGGGGGGAAAGGUGUUGGUGUGGAGAAUGGAGUGGUGAGUUUACAAGUAUGAAGUGCCGACGUCCACAAGGAACAGCGCAGGAACAUAGGGGCUGGGUCGGCAGGGAUGGGGGUGGUGAAGGAGGUGGGCUGUGCGUUGGGGGGGUCCGUGAGGGGGCUUGGCAGUUGGUGGGGGCGGCACCGGGGCUAGGCGCUGUGCCUGAGGCCAAGCUCAACAGUUUUCAAGGUGCAUGGAUGAUGGAUGUGCUUAGGUAGAAUGCGACGUCUGUGUGUGUAUACGGGGCCGGCGGGCAGGCAGCGCGUGAGCUGGGGACUGCAGCGUGCGUUGCGGCCUACCUGUGAAGUACGACAGGGGAACUUACACCUGGUUGGUGGUGGGCUGUAUGAACUGCUGGACAGAGCCAUGGCGGCAAGGGCGAUCGACCAACAAGCUGCUGGGCCCGGCGGCAGAUCGGCGCGUGUGGGCAGCAGGGGCUGGACUGCGGGGAUGGUGAUGAACGCGUGCACGGUGUUCGUGAUGGAAGCGUGCGCGAUGUUCGUCCUCACGGGAGGACGGCUACCGAGCUGUGUGCGAUGGGACGGCGGGGUAAGGGGCAGGUUGGCUACCGAGCUGUGUGGUGUCUGUGGAUCUGUAUGUGUUCGGACCCCUGUUGGUGACCCCUGUGUGAAUAACCCCUAUGGUAACCCCUGCUGUGUGGCAGGUAGGUGUGCAGGAGGCGGCGUGACAGACACGGCGAGGGGCGUGGCCGAGAUAAGGAGAAUCGGUUUACCGGUAUGAGCUUGGUGAGCUUAUUUGUGUGUGUCAAGUCCUCGCAGGCUGGCUGGAUGCACGUGUUCAUUGAUUGCUUGGCACGGUUAUUAGGCAUAAUGAAUUUGGAGGGUGUGGACACAUGGUUUGGUACUUUGGUUCCAGAUCCAAGUGCAAGGUGACAGGGCGACAUCAGACCCACGGAAACUCAGAUUGAUUUUCUCGGCUCUUCCCUCCUGUUGCUAGUUUUGCUGUUCUUGGUCUUGUCUCGGUCGCUUCGAA